AUGCAUUGUUUAAGCUAUACUCUCUUCACAGAUGGUAUUGACCUAACAGCUGUUGGCUUUGCGAAUGCUGCCCUGUCCUCCAUUGUAUCCGAUCUCCUGGCAGCGAACAUCACUUCUCUCUCGCAGCGACGUUCCGUUUUCGACAAGCGCGCCGGCCGAGCAGGCAUCAUUGAUGUCCAUAGUCAUGUCAUUCCGCCCUGGUAUCUGAGCCUUGUACCCAUCACUGGGCAAAACCCCACUCCCACUGGCUGGAGCUUACCUGUACACUUGGACUUCAUGACGGGUGAAGGAAUCGGCCACAGCAUCAUCUCGAUAUCCACUCCUGGAUCGAACGUUUUUUAUGGGAAUAGAAUUUUUACCGCAGCUCUUGCUCGAUUGCUGAACCUCCAGCUAGCGGCAUAUCGCGACCUCCACUCUGAUAAAUUCUCGUUCUUUUGCUCAAUGCCUCUUCCGUACGUGGCAGCUGCUAAAGCCGAGGCCGAUUACUGCUUGGAUGUGUUAGGAGGAGUUGGGGUUAUGCUCCUCACGAACCACGAAGGCCUGUACCUGGGUAACCCCACGUUAAAGGACUUCUUUAACUAUAUGGAUAACCGUGCAGACAAAAACAUAGUCUCGGUCCAUCCCCACGACCCCAGGAUCGAGAUCAAUGGCCAAUGGUUUUCUGCUAACCCCACGUUGACUCCUUGUGGCUUUUUCGAAUUCUACUACGAAACCGCACGCGCAUAUUCAGAUCUGACGAUCACCCAGACGAUUCACAAUUUUACGAAUAUAAAAUUCAUGGUGGCUCAUGAGGGCGGUGCUUUCCCCUCCAUCAUCGAUCGCAUGUUGAAGCGAUUCCCCACAAUUUACGAUGCAACGAUGGAGAUAUUCCAGUUCUACUUUGACUCCGCUGGCCCGACCUUCUUCCAUCAAGUCAGCGGUUUAUUAGGCUAUGAUAUCCCAGCCACGCAGCUCUGCUUUGGUUCUGAUUUUCCCUACUCACAACCCGCCAGUGCCCAGGGCGCCAACCUAAACGCAGUUAUUUCCAGCACUUUGAUUGACGACGCCGCUAAGAACGAGCUGUUUACGACCAAUGCCCAGGGACUCUUCGGUUUCCCCAACUGA